AUGGAUCUCGAACAAAAACAAGUUGGCUUAAAUAAUGGGUCUUUAAAAGAAUCUAGCUCAGAUGAGACUCCUAAUAACGACGACGUUCUAUUGCUUACCGAAAUAACCAAUGAUCAAGAAAUAGAUACAGAACAGAGGGAUUCUAUGGUUUUAGAAGUCUUUUGCCUGUUUCUAUAUUAUGUCGCUUUUGUGAUAAAACUUUUGGGUUUCCAAAUUUAUCAGGGAGUAUGUUUUAUCAAAAAUAUCAAAUUUGACGAAUUUGUUGAAGAAGAAGAAGAAGAAGAAGAAAAAGCCAACAGUGUUAUAAAAACCAUUGAAACAAAAGAAUUAAGUAACACUUCUCAGAUUAUUUUAAAUAUUGAGUCUUUGUCACUGGAAGUCCAUCAGUCAAUUGCCAAAUAUGUUUCAGUAAUUGAGCUUCGCAAUUUGACUCAAACAUCCAAUACUUUGAAAAUUGCUUAUCAGACUAUUCGAUGGAAAAAUUGUAUGGUUAUUUCAGAUGUUCCACCAAUUAUCGAAAAUAAUAAAAGGCAAUAUGAUUAUGAGGAAGAUUAUUAUGACCAAAGCUGUUCUACUUCAAACACUGUUGAAAGAAUUUUCCCUCAAGAAUGGAAACAGCUUUUUGAAGGUCACAGUGAACUAGAACUCAUAAAUCCAACCAUUUUUAACAAUCCAACAAAAUACACUUGGUUCCACAAUGAAUCGGUUACAAACUUGUCACUAUAUGGCCAUAAUGAUUUUGAACAACUUAGGUCAGAAAGCGAAGAAAUCGACUGGUUCACCAGAAUUAUUUUUCAAAAAUCCAAUUACCCAGAACUCAAAAGAUUAAAAAUUUCUAAAGAUAUUUCUAGCGGUUUAAAUGUUUUAGAAAAGUUUUAUUCUGAGAUAUUACCUAAAAUUGGAGCAUACCAAAUCAAAAAUUUUAGGUGGAGUUAUAUUUUAAAUGAUGAUUCAUCUCAAAGCAUUUUGUCCAAUGUAAUUCUUAAAGUACAAGAUACCAUUUUAUUAUUUUCCGAUCUUCCUAAAAGCUUAAACACACUAUCUCUUGAACUGAAAACUGAAAAAUCGAGCUUAAUGGCUGUUACUUUUAAUACAUUUCAAUCUUUUACAUUGCCUUUAGUUACCAAAAUAUUCACCCGCACGGGGACCCCGCAAAUGGUAGCUUUAUUUAGCAAGUUUAUUUCUAUGCCGCAGUUACAACAAGUAGAACUUGGGUUCCCAAGUAAUGAGUCUAUUUCAUAUGAUGCUUUUUCUUCUUUUAGUUUAGAGUAUAUUUCUAUCUCUUUAGAAUCCAGCACACCCAAACUUUUACUUGAAUUACUUCCAACAUUGACAAACCUUAAUCGAAUCCAAUUGGAAUUCACAUUUGCUAAGGACUUUUCAAAUCAUGGAGGUCUUUUCCCAGUCAGCAAACUAUACCGAAACAAGUCACCUACAUCCCAAAAUCUUAAAGAACUUUUCCAAAAAUAUAAUUCGACAGGAUCAGAUAUUGAUACCUUGAUAUCUAUUUCCAAGGACCCUUGGUCUAUUAAAGACCAGAUUGCUCCAGAUAGCGUAUUUUACCCACUUUGGUUUUAUGAGUGUCUUUUCCAAAAAAUUACUUCUAUGAAAGUAAACUAUGUAAAAAUUCUUUUGGGUGGGCCUCUUUAUUCUUCACCAAACUUGCAAAAACUUAUUCUGAACUCACUACAUAUAAAGCAGCUUAUGCUUUGCUCUGGGACAAAGUAUUUUCCCAUUUUACCAUUUGUUCCUUACGCAUAUGAAACUACAAGCUCGGGACUCUUGUUUGAUAUGGAGAAUAAAACACGACAAUUUUACACCAAAACGAUUGAAGAAAAUAAUGAUUGGCAAAAUGGAUGGAUUAAUUAA